AAUCCUCAUUUGACUCGUCUUCAAUUUGGUUCCUCAUAUCGCGACGCCAUUACUGUGUGACGUGUGUUGUGUCAUCUAUCAACAGAAAGCGUAGUCAUCCGCUAUUAUACUGAUCAGACACCAUGAGAUUGGUGCACCUGGCAAGAGUGUUUGUGGCGGUGGCUCUGUUGUCGCUGAUGGUGGGCGGCAGGACGGAGGAGGAGGAGGAGGAGGCAGCGGAGCAGGCCCAGGACCCACACAGCAGAGCGCGCUACAGGAUCAGAGACAUCACUAACAUCAUCACUAGCAGGCUGAAGAACUUCUUGGCCAAACCACCCAAGGACAAUGCUGAAGCCAGUGUCACUAACAGGCCAAAGAAGGGAGUGAAUGACUCACCCGGCCGGUUUGAGGAUGACAUGAGAGUGUUCCCCGCCAGCACUCAGGCAGAGGAUGCUGAUGCUGUACUGGAGAACACACCUGCCCAUGGUGGCAGUGAUUGCCACUCCAAGGGUGAGUUUUGUGAUGCUCAAGAGUCCAGCACCUCCGAUGAUAGUGACGCUCCUGGGGCAGUGUUGUCAGAGGCCGAAGAGUCCAGCACCAGCACCUCUGAUGAUGAUGCUGAUCGUCCCGGUGCUGCACCAGAGGCUGAUGAGUCCACCUCUUCCAGUGACGAUGACCAGCCUGGUGUUGAGGUGUCCAACACUUCAUUCAAGACUGUUUCCCGUGACGACAGAGACUUCUUCCCCAGUGAUGAUGCUGUCUAUCCCAACACUCCGUUGUAUGAUGCUGAGGAGUCCAGCACCUCUGAUAACUACGCUGACACCACCACUUCCAGCGAGGAUGAUUACGAAGCAUCCCUCACCCCCGAACACCUCAUGCUGGACGACCAUGUCUCAGCUGGAGCUCUUCCUGCCAUGUCCGUGCCUGUUGAAUACGUGGAUGGCAAUGUUGUUGCUGAUGAGAUGGAAGACAAUAGUGUUUGUAGCAGCUUAGAAGGCAGUGCUCCUUGUGAUGACGUAGGUGAUUGUAGCGCUGAUUCUGAUGAUAACAGUGAUUUUGAUAUGGAAGAUGAUUCAUAUGAUGAUGAUGGUGAUGAUGAUAUUGUUGAUGUUGAUGAUUAUGAUGACAUGGAAAGUGAUUCUGAUGAUGACACGGAUGAUUCUGAUAAGGAUUCUGAUGAUAACAUAGAAGAUAUUCUCUCUGAAGGAGACGGCGAUGCUGACCAUCGCAGCACUGCUAAUGGUACAGAUGAUGCCAAGGAUCUUCAUGAAUAACAUUACUGUUGAUGUAGGAAAUGUUUGUACAAUAGAAGUGGAAGCUAGUAAAAUCAUGUUUUGCUGUCUAUUUUAUACAAGGCAGGUCAUAUUACAUCUUGUUAUUGUGUAUGGACCAAAAUUGUAGCAUUUCUACUUAUUUUACUGAAAUAUAUUUUUACACACCUUUAACAUGGGUUUGUACAAUAUAGC